UGAAAGAAAAAACUAAUUCAAACGGAUGAAUCGUGCAUGCCACAACCAAUUCCUUCUUCAUAUACACUCUCCUCCACCACCGCAUUUUCAUCCACAUCCCAUUUCCCCAAUCCCUAACAAGAAUCAUGGCCGACCCCAUGAGAAGAUCCUCCUCCCCCUCACCGCCGCCGCCGCCGCUACCUUCGUCACCACCGUGCCCAGGCCCACCAAUUUCACUCCAACCAUCUCCAAAACGCUCAGGUUUUUCCAAGCGGCCUACAAAACUCCUCCGCCAAAUACGCGCCGUCUUCCGCACACUUCCGAUUCUCUCACCUGCCUGCCGAAUUCCACUCAACGGCGGCAGUCGGCUCCACGACGUCCACGUCCACGGCGGCACUCGGAUCACCGGGACGAUAUUCGGGUAUCGGAAAUCGCGAGUCAAUUUGGCGUUCCAAGAAAGCCCUAGGUGUCUUCCGAUGUUGAUUUUGGAAUUGGCGAUUCCGACGGGGAAACUACUCCAGGACAUGGGGGUAGGGAUGGUUAGGCUGGCGUUGGAGUGUGAGAAGCGGCCAUCGGAGAAGAGGAAGAUUCUAGAUGAACCGAUUUGGACACUGUACUGUAAUGGGAAAAAAUCGGGAUAUGGGGUUCGGAGAGAUCCGUCGAAUGAGGAUCUGAAGAUUAUGCAAACUUUGAAUGCGGUAUCGAUGGGGGCGGGAGUGAUUCCGGGGGAGGAGACGGGGGAAGGAGAUCAAUUGACGUAUAUGAGAGUGGAUUUUGAGAGAGUGACGGGAUCGAAGGAUUCGGAGACGUUCUAUAUGAUCAAUCCCGAUACCAACAAUGGUGCUGAAUUGAGCAUUUUCUUGGUUAGAAUUUAAAUUCUUCUUUCUUUCUCUCUCUCUCUUUUUUUUUUUGGUUCAUUUUCUCUUUAGCUAAAUCAUUAUUUAUUAAUGUAUUCCAAUUGUAGCUUAGAAUCUAUAGUUUCUCAUUAUUAGGUCUUAAUCUCUCUCUCUCUCUCUCUCUUUUAAAAUUACGUUUGGUUUCAUUUUCCUUUUUGUAUAUUUUUCUUUAUUUAAUCCUUGUUCAUGAGUUUAUCCAAUAUCAAACUAAUAUCUCUAUUUUUGUAUGAAUCGAUGAUUUAAGACGGUAUAAGAGAGAAUUCUUUCA